CGCAAAAUGAUGGAAUCAUGUGGAGCUUUCCUUUUGUUGUCGUUAAAAUUUGUGUCAACACACGGAUUGCUUACAUGAAGAAUUUAAACGCAUCAGGCACUACGAAUACGCCAUGUUCACAGUGAUCCCCAAACCUGAGAUCAUCGACCAUGCCCGCCAACCCGGCGAGCCUGUCGUGGAGGUCAUCGAUAACAGUGGCGACAAACAAGUCAUCAAAGGUUGGUCAGAAGAACCCUCACAGGACGAUCUUACGUACAAACAAUUGAAGAAACACCGUGAUGCGCUGCUGGAAGCGGAUCUUGUCAACAAAAAGAGAUUAAAAGAUCUUGAAAGGGAGAAAUCUGAACUAGUAAAGCUGUACGAGCCGACUUAUCAAGAGAAUAAAGCUUUAAAGAGUCACAUCACUCAUGGUCCAGAAGUAGCAAAGAUAAAACAACUUCAGAUGGAAAAGAAAUUACUUAAAGAGGAAGUGUUCAGGUUGAGUGAAGAUAAUAAAGUGUUAGUUGAACAAAUGAAAGAUGCUAUGCAAAAAUCGAAGAAAGUUCGAGAUAGUAUCUACGAUAAGGCAUGGAGAGAUGCUUUAGAAAGGGCAUCUAGAAGAAAAGAAGGAAAAGAAAAAGAUGUUAUCCGUACAAAUAAAAAAGAAAGUGAAAAUAAAGACGUUUUGUCUGAACCUGAGCCAAUCGCAGAAGAUGAACUGGAUAAAAGACUUAACGAAAUGGAAAAGAAAUUAAAAACUGUUCAAGAUAAUUUAAAACGACUUAAGCAAGAAAAGAAAAAGAUAUACGCAUUUCAAAAGAAUAACCAUGAGAGAAAACCAACAAUAAUCCAAGAUGCAGUUGAAGCUAAACUUGAAAAUGACCUUGACAAAUUUACAACCAGUAUUGACGAAGUUGAGAAGAAACAGACAGUACUGACGACUGACAUUUCCGCAGCAAAAGAAGAGGCUGAGAAACCAAAACCCGAUAAAACAAAAUCACACCUAACAAUAACAUUGAAAAAUGAACUAAAAUCUGUCGAGAUUCAGACGGACGAUGUAUGGGAUCUCGUAAAGAAGAGAAAAAUUUCGCACAAAUCUAAACUGACCCAAACUAAGUAUGAUAACCACAAAUCAACACAAACGGAGUUUCCGAAACGUGAACAAGCCACCAAUACUCUAGCUAGAAGAUUACAAUAUAUCAAUGACUUGAAUAAAAUGCAUACUUCCACAGAGAAAGGAAGUGUCAUCCAGAUCGACCAAACGAGUGAAACAUCGUCCGGUAUCUCUUCUGUUAAAACGAUAAAAACGCCAUCACACUGGAAACAACGGCAACCAAUAUCAGUCACAACACCAGAACACGUGAAAGGAAACCAAUAUGCAAAGGCAUUAGUAAAACAUCAUGUAAACGAUGACGGAGUUUCACUUAACGAUUCCUCUAGCACCAUUGGGGUAAGCAAAAAAGCCUCUGUAAAUAACAAAUUGAUGACAAAACAAACGAAUGAACCUAAACAACGCGGACAGGUAACUGGUAUUAACAAAGACAACACCAAGGGAAGUCAUUAUAUACAAGAACCCAAAUUGAUGACAACGCACAUGAAAGAACUUAAACAAAGCGGACAGGUAACAGACAUUCACAAAGACAACACAAAGGGCAGUCGCAAUCGACAAAUACCCAAAGUUUCAAAAGAGCCUCUUCGACAAGAAAACGAAAUUGAAAUGGCUUUAAAAACUAAAUCCGAGAAACAGAGUAAAGUUUUAUCCGAAUAUGAGGACAAAAUAAUGGUCGAAACUAUAAACGACGCUAAACUGUUUACACGGGCAAAAGCUAAACAUAAAGAUAAGACAAUGUCUGAAUUUAGAGAUAAGAUUGUUGAUGACACGAAAUUACCACGUCUUCAUCGUGCACACGGAAUGGUAGGACUUAAAAACUCGAACAAUAGGUCAAUGAGCCUUGAGAGUCUCGAUAAACUGCGACUAAACCAAAGUGACACGGUAAAUCAUCGCAAUAAGCCAGGUAAAUCAAUUGCUAGAACAAUAAAAGUGAAAGCCAGUUCAACAGAUGGUCGUUUCCAUCCAUCUUCACGCAAGCGUGAUCAUUUUACAGAAAACAGUAUUCAAUCAAACGUGCAAGAUGUAAAAGAAAAGUUUGGUUCAUCAGAAAACAUAAACAUAUCAGGUCGGCUUAAAACAAAAUUGGUAGAUGUAGAAAAUCUCAAUGUUCAUUAUCGAGAUGAAAGUGAAUACGAUGCGAUUCUUGACGAGCUUAAGGAACGCUAUAAACAACCUCUAGAAACUGUUGCUCCCAAGUCGGAUUCACCAACACCGAAGGUGCGAAAGAAUUUCGUUCAACCACCAGCAAAGGUUCACAUGAAAGACGAAGAGAUUUUGAAAGACCCUAUCACGCAUAUUGCCACAGUCAAUGACACGUAUUAUGGCAUGAUCGAUGAUGACAUGGCAUUUACGCCAAUAAAGUUUAUGACUAAUGCGCGAACUGUCGGUAUGGACAGUCUAAAAUUGUUUUUUAAGACACGCAUGGUUUGUUACAAAAUGAGUGUGCGUGGGGGGAUUUAUACAAAGUUUAACAAACGCAGGGCAACAAUGUUUACCGUUAUACCACGACCGUUAAUUAUCGACCACAAUGUGGCUGACAAAAACGUCGAUGUCAUUGACCACAAUGCGGACCAAAAACCGCGCAAAUGGACUAGAGAUCCGAAUAAAGCUUCUAGGAAAGACUCUUUAUCAUUGCCCGAAUUACUCAAGCAAAAGGAUGACCUCCUUGAAGCCGAUAUGAAAAACAGAAAACGCAUCAAGGAAUUGGAGAAGGAACGUGAAGAGGUCUUGACAUUAUUUGAACCAACAUAUAAGGAGAAUCAGGCCUUACGUGGACAUAUUCUUUACGGUCCUGCCACUGUGAAGAUCCGGGAGCUGCAGAAAGAAAGAAAGGAACUACAUGACUACGUUCUAAAACUGACAAAGGAAAAGAAUAUGCUGGCAGGUCAGCUUAAGGAAGCUAUGAAGAAAUCAAAUACAGUUCGAAAUCAUAUUCAGAUGAAAAACUGGAAAGACACUUUAGAUACAGCUAAACGCAAAAAUCGAGAACGGGAAGAGAAAAAUAGCAAGUCGAAAAUUGAUGCAAUAGUCGCCAAAGGGCAAGCAUCCGAAAGAGAUCUUAAUGAUUUGCAAAUAGAAAUUUUAGAAUCGGAAAUUAAAUCACUUCAGAAAAGUGUGAACAAACUCAAAAAGGAAAAGCAUGAGAUAGAUACAUUUAGACGUACUUGUAAGGUUGAGAGAAAGCCAACAAUUAUGCAGGACACUGUACACGACAAGAUAAAUGUCGAUAUUGAACAAUUUGCAACCAGGUUGAAGGAAAUGGAAGGAAAGCACUUCAACAUUAGAAAUGUCAUCGAAAAAGCAAAACAAGAUAAAGGAAUUGUUACAGGUGAACACGAAAGCGAUAGUGAGUUUUCGGACGUUGACUCGCCAGAUUUUAGUGAAAAGGACUGGGAACAAAGAGACCAGAAGAUACAUGAGCAUACACCAAACAAUGGCAAACACGAAUCCGCUAAAAAGAACGAUACGGCAUUAGGUCGAAUUGACAACGAAUCGUUCCAGAUAUGGGAAAAACAAAAACAAAAGUUUAUUGAAGACAUUCAAACAUUUAAGAAAAACAAGGGUAAAUCUAACAAAAACACGCAUACUGCACAUGGUGAAUUUAUUCAAAGUCGGCAACUUCUUACCAAUGAAUCAAAAGGUCACCAAUUAACACAUAAGUCUGGUAAAAAGAAUCCUCACAAAGACAAAUACGGCCAAGCAGAAUCAAUGCAGAAUGAGGUUCGAAAGAGACCUUUGUCAUUAGAUAAUCGGCUGAAAGGUAAAACUACCGAGAAGAUUGCAGACACAAAACCAAAGUCUCAGAGUUUAGAAGAUCUAAGAACAAUAGAAAAGUGUGAUAACAACAAGUCAUCAACAAAAAUAAGUCGAGUUAAAAUGAAUAGCCUCCCGAGUCCAAAGACGACUGAGCAUACACCAAGAGAUGGAAGAGCGAACGCUUCUUUUGAAGAAGUCGAUUUGCCGAAAAUUAAACCAUUCCUGAUGCACGUUCAUUCGAUUUCUAAAGAAAGACGUUUUGGUCGAAAGCAAGCUCAGCAAGGAGAAAACCAAAAUUCCUAUGACGAAAUUCUUAACGAAUUGAGAAGUGAACAACAUAAACUUGGUAUACAAAGUGCUUCGCCCGACACUGCAACACAAUCGCCUAACGUCACUGUAUGUCUUAGUGGUAAACGAAGGAGUGCGCGUGAACACGUAAAUGACGGCGAUCGCAUGAACAUGACACGUUACGGUGGUGUGAAUGACGUCGCGUUCGUGCCUAUCCGCUUUAUGAAUGAAUUUAAGAACGUCGAUGUAGAAAGUCUCAAGGUUUUGUUUUAAACACCCUUUAUUGUCUUUGUAUACAUUGUUUAAAGUAAUGUUUUACCCUUUUAGACGGUUUGUAAUGUUGUGUGCAACCAGUGCCUUCUUGAAAAUUAGUUCUACGUAUUCAUAUGCUAAUUUAUUUAUACAUUGUCGUAAACAUAAUUGUAAAUUGUCUGAUUACACUGAAUAUAUUUGUUUUUAUUUUUAUUAUUAUUUUUUUAAU